AUGUCGUCUUCCAUCCUCCGCCCCCUCGCAAACUCAGCCAAGAUGGCCCUUGGUCGCCGCGCGCUGGCGACGCCCACCAACGUGCACCCCAGCAUGCUCCAGUCCGUGUUGCCCGCCACCAUCCCCGCUGCUCUCCACCUCAAGACGGGCGAGUCGUACCACGGCACCAGCUUCGGCUCGACCAACUCCAAGUACGGCGAGACCGUCUUCUCCACCUCGAUUACCUCCUACACCGACUCGAUGACUGACCCAUCGUACCGCGGCCAGCUCCUUGUCUUCACCUCCCCUAUGAUUGGCAACUAUGGUGUGCCGUCAAACGCCCCCCUCCCCGAGACGCCGGGUAUCCCCUUCCUCGAAUCCGAGGGCAUUCAAUGCGCUGGCGUCGUCGUCUCGGACGUUGCGCUCAAGUACUCGCACUACCAGGCCAUCGAGUCGAUUCACGAGUGGUGCGCCCGCCACGACGUCCCAGGCAUCUCAGGCGUUGACACCCGUGCCAUCACCACUCUUCUCCGUGACCAGGGCACCACUCUCGGCCGCCUCGCUGUUGGCGACGAGGCCGAGUACGUCCCCAAGGCUGAGGAGUACUGGGACCCUUCGCAGGACAACCUCAUCGCGGAGGUCUCCACGAAGCAGCCUUACGAGCUCAACCCCAACGGCAAGGGUCCCAAGAUUGCCAUCCUCGACUUUGGCUCCAAGGCCAACAUCCUCCGCUCGCUCGUCAAGCGCGACGCGCGCGUCACCGUCCUUCCUUGGGACUUUGACUUCAACGCUGUCCGUGACCAGUACGACGGUCUCUUCCUAUCGAACGGCCCUGGUGACCCGACGUCGAUCAUGGAGACUGUCCACCGUGUCACCAAGACGAUCAACGAGUGGAACAAGCCCAUCUUCGGCAUCUGCAUGGGUCACCAGAUCCUCGGCCUCGCCGCCGGCAUGGAGACGUACCGCAUGACCUUUGGCAACCGUGGCCACAACCAGCCCGUGCUUGCCCUCGCGUCGUCGGGUUCGAUCAAGGCCGGCCGCGUCUACGUCACGUCGCAGAACCACCAGUACGCGAUCAAGCUCACUGAGGACUUCCCUGAAGGCUGGGCUCCCUUCUUCAUCAACUGCAAUGACUCGUCGGUUGAGGGUAUCAUCUCCACCCCUGAGUCGGGCAAGCACAUCUGGGGCGUUCAGUUCCACCCCGAGUCGGCCGGCGGGCCCCUCGAUACCCACCCCAUGUUCACCGACUACGUCCAGGCCUGCGCUGACAAGUCGGCCAGCGGCAUGGCGACCUCGGAGCUCAAGGUCGACACGCACGCCGCUGCCGUCGGGGCUUCGGCGUAA